AUGCUUUCCUCGCCGCGAUCAAACUUGCUUUCCUCUCCUCAGGCUUCAUCCAUCCGACAACUUGACCAGAAGGCUGAGCCAACGGUCCGAGACCUCAUCCUCCUUGCUGUGAAGAUUCCUGACUUGACUGCGAAGCACCAUCACAACCCCGACGCGAAGAGAAAAGGACUGAAACCUGCGCCGUCCGUCGAGCCACUGCUUGUCGACCACCAAACCUCACUUGAUUUGGCCAGCUCGCCUUUCGCAAUGGCUGAUGGACUCAACGAAGCUCGCGCCAUGCGCGUCAUGGAGAUCAUGAACGACUUCCGAACGUUGCAAAUCCACAUCAACUCGCUCAUCACGCGCAGCGAGGCCAACCCUCCAGACCAGGAGUCAUACUACCUCGAUGGCUACGUGGUGCUCAGACAGUGUGCCGCUGAAUCGCAGGCGGUUCUCGCUGGGCACUUCAAUCCGGGCAACCUUGGGCUCCAGUCCGGCAGCAUCCCGGAGACUGAGGUGCAGAAGGCGUCUCUGCAACGGAUCAUCCUCGAUGCCUCAACGAGACGGUUUCAAGCCCACAAGAUCUAUCUACGAGGAUCCGCUGCGAUGCGCUGGGUGCAGUCGCGCGCUCAACUGCUGCGCGGCGAGAAACCAGGCGCGAAACACGCCAACGGCCUGCGAGCAAUUGACCAGAGACUUCGCCAGGAACUCAGCGAAAUCACGGAUGACCAUGUCCAUCGAGACCUUCGCAACGCAGAUCGACGAAAGGGCUACUGGCUUGACGAGGACCCGGUCCUGGAACGCAUGCUGGGCUGGAUUCGGAUGCAGAGGUGA